AUGCUGCGUGCCCCGGUGCGCCCUCUGCUGCUCCAUUCACACCACGCACACACAAGCCACCGCGACGCAACCCCGUGUGGAACUACCGCUUUUCAUUUACGUGUGGAUUUUAAAAACUACGGAGGAGACAUCGAGCCGAGGCACCAGCGGCACCCGUUCUCGUUGUGCGUCAAUGGAGGAUGUUCCGGAACUUCCGGAACGCGCUGUGGACCAAUCGUAUGA